UCGACGAGAACGGGGCCGUCGAGAGCUCCUUUAAGAACAUCACUUCUUUUUAUAGUUAUUGAAUCGAAAGUUUUUUUUUUAAACAAAUUUUGGAAACUAUUAUAUCGUAUUAUUUUUAUAUAUGUGUUUUGUGGUGAAUUCGACGUGGCCUUUGUUCUCUAUUUUUCAUUAACUGUGAACUCUUUCCCCCGUAUCGAUUAUCCCGUUACACCAAAGUGUAUGAAAAAGUCAGGAAAAUUCGUUGAUCGUGCGACGAAGAAAGACGUUGUGACGAUAAAAAGAUAAGGAAGAAGAGAAGAGAAGAGAGGGGAGGAGAGGAAGGAAAGGAAAAAAAAAGGAGAGAAAAAAAAAAUUAAGAAAAAAGAAAGCAGAAAGGACGAAGAAAAAUAGAACAACCAUAAUGAGGUGUACAAUGGUGACUCUGGUGGCUGCGAUCAGCGUUCUCGCAUUGGUCAACUCACAUCCUGUGCCACAAGAAAGAGGGUUUCGAUCUGAGGCUCUCGAUCGAUUGUUAAUGGUCGAAGCGGACAAGGAAGCUGCACUGAGAAGUAAAAGGACAAUCGGUAUCCUUCGUCAACUGUUUCCAGACAUCUCUCAGGACGUGAAUCCUGAAGCAGAGAAUCGAGUUAACGAGGUUGGGUCUGAAUCACAGAACAACGAAGUACGGGUGCAAUUUGCCGACGAACAAUCAGCGAAUGAGGCGGUACCAAAUUUGACACCACUGGAGGACGUCGAAAGUAGUGACGACGAGAACAGAAAUAAAAGGUUCUUGAACUUUGGCUUAGGGGCAAGUGCAGGUGGCAGCGGAGCAGGCUCAGGCAACUUCCUUUUUGAUAUAAUCAGACAAGCAGCCGACGGGGCGGCAAGAGCGGCGGGCACGGUUUACCGCGUUGUCGCCGGCACACAGAGCCUAGGGCUCGGUCUUAGCGCCUCGCGAGACGUCGCUGCCGCCGCCCCUGCUGCUGCUGCUGCUGCUCCUGUUGCUUCCUCCACCCCUGGCGCACCCUCGAUGGCCGAUGCAUCCUCAACAGCCGCCCCUGAGUCAGCAGCCGGCACUCAACCACCGCUGGUAGCAGGAAGCGGUAGUCAAAGUAAUUCAUCGGGCGAUGGUUCCGCCGGAAGGACAGAUGGUACGCAAGAAGCUGUACCUGGACCUAUCACCAGGCUUUUCGUUAUUGCCAAUCGAGGAAUAUCGAAUCUUCUUCAAGAUCUCAUACUCCGCUUAGCUGCCACAAGCGAACGUAUCGUCAACUUCAAGGCACGAUUAAUUACCUCGAUUAUUUAGGCUCGUUUAAAGAAAAUAUUAUGAUACAGAUCUAUGAAAACAUUCGUGAGUCUUCGUAGAAAUACACGUAACGAAUCGUGAUUCGAGAAAAAGCCACCAUCACCGUCACAUUUGCUGCCCCCUUCAUGCCGGAGGACCACUGGGUACGACGUCGACAACAUUAUCGAUAUAUUUUUUUUCUUUCAUCUCUCUCUAGCUCUCUCUCUCUCUCUUUCUCUUUCUCUCUUUUUCUCUCUCUCUCUCCCCCUUAUUUUUCUACAUUUCACUAUUUCUCCAGACUUUCUAUACGUCGAAUGUUGUCCCCUUUGUCCCGGAGAUCCAUAAAAAAAAAGAAAAAAAAAAAAAAAGGAUAAUUAUUCUCGUCGAUUAUUGCUACAUACGAUGUUUCUUCUCUCUUUCUUCUUUUUUUUUUCUUUUUUCAAAAUUAUACUAUAACCAAUUAUUUUUAAUUCAUACUUCCAACUUCCCCCUUUCAUUUCUGAUAUUCGAUUAAUUUCAUUGUCUUUCCCCGUCCCCCUCAGACGAUGGACGAUUAAUCACUUUUACGAAUCUAUGAAGAAAUUAAAAGAAUAAUAAAAAAAGAAAAAUGAUAAUAAUAAAAACAAAGAAUUUCACAAGAGAACGUGUCUUAUGCUGUUGCGACGAUAAAAAAAAAAAAAAAGGAGAAGAAAAGAAAAGAAAAAAAAAAAAAGAAAAAAAAAACGAUUUAUCCUCUCUAAUCGAAGCUUCUCUCGCACGAUUAGAACUAUCGCAUAAGACGCGCUUAUUUCGAUGAUCGAUGAGAGAGAAAAAAAAAACGACGAAUUGCGCC